AUGGAUGAGGAUCGAAGCCGAAGUACGGUGCCUUGCAUUUAUGGUACCAUAAGUCACGCGACGAAAUCUGUGCAUGAGGCUGCGAUGGAUGUGUUGUCUUUGUAUCCUGCGGUCACCAUUGCAAACCAGAGACGUCAAGAUGCGACUGCUUUCACUGUCUGGAUUUGGGUUUUGCAAGAAACUAUGACUACUGGGCUCUCAGACGGCAAUGUCAAGAUUCCGCAGGCUCUCGAUGCUUGGUUGUGGGAGGGUUAUGAGGUUCACGAAGCCCUAGACAAACUCUCCAGCACUGGGAUUUCUGUCGGCUGGUCCACAAAUGGCAUCCUCGAGUUCCUGCAGCUCAAUCCAAUGGUCGCUACGUUCAGCUGGGCAGCGAUCCUGGCCGAAACACUCGAAGAUCGCGAGCAGAGACAGCACCACUUGUGGGCCAAUGCUCGCCUCCUGGCCCACAUGGUGGAGCACAUAUUCUGGUGGCGGCAGUUCCACCAGGCCUGCAACGUAGUCCCAGAGUUCACCUCAUCGCAGUGCACAGACUUCACAGACUUCACCGAGCGGUGCGACGUGGACAUGCGCGCCGAGAUCCUUCUCAUCCUGUGGGGUGAGCAUGGCGUUGACACGGAUGCCACGCCGCAUCCAGCUGUCUGA